CAUUGAUUGGUUGGGUAAACCACAUGACUGAAACCUCAGUCAUAAUAUUAUUGACUUGAGUAGUAGCAGGUCGUCAUUCACAAAAGUAAAUCACCGGUUUGUGUUGUGACUAGUACUGCAAUAUUCAACUAACGAAAUGAAGAAAUCACAGCCGUGUGCCGGACAGGGAGGCUCAUCUGAAGCCUUCUCAACUCCCCCAGUUGAAGCAGAUAUCCAGAUGGCAGCUUGUAAGGAUUCCUUUAUGUAUUGGUCUGGUGAUAUUUCCCUGGAUGUAGACGCCAUGGCUGAAGCAAGAUGGUGUUACAUAGGAAAUGGACGUGUCACCACAUUGUGUUGUAAGGCUGUCUGCGACUGGAAGGCGACAGACGAUCCCUGGAAACAACAUGCCAUUUACAGCCCCGGGUGUUCUUUUCUGAUACAGCAAAUGGGCCAAGCCUACGUUGAUAGUGUUCAGGCUGGAUUCCCAACGGAUGAACUACCGUUGGAACAGCCUGAUGCCCAAAUGGGUCCCCUUGAUGAUCAAGUGUCGGAACAGCCUGAUGCCCAGAUGAGUCCCCAGGAAGAAUUAGAAAUACAGAGGCUGUUUGAGGAAAACGAACUGCUGAAAAGACAAACUUACUGUCUUGUGUGUGAGGAGGAACCACGUCAGAUUACAUACUUACCAUGUGGACAUUUGGUCUGCUGUGGAAUCUGUGGUCUGGCCCAGACUGAAUGUCCCAUCUGUAAGGAAACAAUCACUGGCAGAAUAACAACAUUUUGGUCAUAGGACAAGGGAGCAUAUCACUAUAGUCAUAUGCAAAUUACCAGUGAAAAUUAAUAGUACACUCUAUUUUGGAGGAGGAGACUUUUGUUUUAGAGUAUACUGACGUCGAGGGGCCAUUGUAGUAUCCCCAUAAUCUCGAUUGUUUUGUCUCUAUGAUUUUAGUCUGUGUCAUUGAAAUCCAUUUUAUUAUGAAGUUACUUUAUUUAAUCAUUUACCAUAUUUUAUGUCUUGGAGGUAAAUGCUCCUUUUUCAUGAUUAUUAUGAAGUGAGGUUAACAUUGAUUAACAUUCCAAUUAUAUGUUUUGAUUUUGUUAUUUGUUUCAUUUUCUCUGUUUACGUAUUUAAAUGAGUGAUAAAUGCAGUAAUCAUGUAAAUGAAAGUUGCAAUAUGGCGCGUGAGUGAAACGCAAACAGCCCAUGUGAUAUGUAUAGUAGAGUCCAAUUAAGAGCAUUAUAAAUGAUAAGUUUAUAAUGAUAUUUUCCGCUUGGAUUAUUAAUUGUUAUUCUUGUGAUAAUUUCUCUGAAAAGUUUAUUUGAGAUAGAAUCUCACCGAGAUGGUUGAACCAUUUGAUGGAGCCUUCGGGUUGUAUGUUAUCCUUGUUAAUGAAAUACAGCAUUAAACCAUUGUAAUAUCACCCGUCGAUUGUCCUGAUACAGGCGAAUAUCCGUGACGGCGUGGCACGAAGUCAAAAUGCGCACAUCUCUAAACUCAUCCAUUGUAACCAAUUAUCACGACGGAGAGUGUUCAUCAGCCGGGUGGUUACCUGUUCAUUUCGCAAGAUAAAUUUACUAUCUAUUAAAAUCCAAACAUGUUAUGUUUUGUCAUCCAUCGUGCUAACAAAUAAAACGUUGGUACAGAAAGAAGGAUCAAGUAUUUAUAAAAUAUUUGGAUGGUUAGACUAGAUAUUCAAGUUAUUUAUUUAAUCUUGUUGUACAAAGUAUUUAAAUAGUUUAUUUUGCCCUGUUCGGCAAAGUUGUUUCGUUUUCAGAUUUUAGGGCUGUGCAAGGGUCAAUUUCUUAUUCGUCCCCCCCCCCCCCCCUCCAAUUUUAUAAUUUUAUAUACUUUUAUACAGUUGUUUCAUAAAUGUUAUAAUGAAACUGAAAAAGGUUGAUUUUUUAUUUUUCUUAUUUGCUAAUUCAUUUUACUAAUGCUUAUCACAAAACUGAUCUGUUCUAUCUUAUGAUACACCAAACGUCAUUGAUAUUAUGGGAUGUCGCAUAACUUGUAAAUGACUACAGCAAUAUCUUCGAUUGUGGUAAGCGUAACGUACCAGAGGGACAUCGCCUGUACUUGAUGAUAAGUCAUGUGAUAAAGUGAAUCUCACACUCGAGUAAAAGUUUUAACAUAUCUCCUUGAUAAUCAACACCAUUAUGUGAUUAUAAAAUAUCUAUAAAUUCCAUAUUACUCUGCACUGACGUCAUUUUGGAGUAGUUCAUUGUAAUUCAUCAAAGAGGGCUUAGGAUGUUGGUAGAGGUCACGUGAUAUCAAUCAUCAUGUUUAAUAUACUAAUACAUGUCGAAUGAUUAAUGAAUUAAAUAUGAGCAAAUGAAAUGGCGAACGUGUAUCACCUAUCAUUUAUUUUAUGUACCAGAAUUUAAUAAAUCAAUCUAAAUGUUGACUAAUUGUUGACAAUAACUAGGAUUACUUUGUAUACUGCUGCUUAUUUGAAUUUUUAAGGUACUUAAAACACCCACACCUACUUAUACAUGUCUACUACUUAGAGUAGA